AUGGCGGAGGAGACCGGAAGCAGAGACUGGGCGUGGCUCCCGGACCACAUCCUCGACUCGAUCCUAAAAAACCUCGCCUCCUUACAAGACUACCUCUGGUUCAGCACCGUGUGCAAGCCGUGGCAUGCCGCGGCCGAGGCCCAAAAGCGACGACGUAUCGCCACCAGCCCCCAGAAGCAAGUCCCGCUCCUCUUGGUCCCGACCCAGGACCGCAGCCACGAGUGGCGCAGUCUGUACUGCACCACUCGCGACGACAGGCUCCUACCAACAAAGCUCCGAAUCCCUUGGCAGUACAGAAGGUGCUGCGGUUCCUCCCACGGCUGGCUCGCUUUCGAAGAAGACGACUUCGGCAUCACCCUCUACAACCCAUUCACAGGAGCUCGAAUCUCUCUACCUCCCGUCACCCUCUACAACCCAUUAACGGGCGCUCGAAUCUCUCUACCCCGCCUGAAGUCCCAAUACUUAGCCAAGAAAGUGGUCUUGUCUGCCGACCCUUCAACACAUCCUCAAGAUUAUAUGGUCGCCGCGGUCCUCAAGUACGAUGGAUUCAGAACUCUUGUCGUGAUCAGGCCAGGGAGGGAUGAUCAAAAUUGGACCCAUUUCACCCAGUGGACAAACUCGACUUGCCUUCAGGGCUGGCCACUGUUAGCUGAAUUGAUAGUUCAUGACGGCGACUGGAUUUACGCGACGGGGGAUGGCGGGGUGCUCGCACGUGCGAACGUACAGGGCGUUGGUACAGCGGACUACCAGCCGCGGUUGGAGCUCGUGGUUCCAAAGUGGUGCAACCCACUGCCAACAAUGGCACUACACUACAUCGUGGAACCGUCAAGAGGAGAUGAGCUGCUAAUGAUUGUGCGCUGGUUCGAAAAUAUAGGAAACAAAUACGGAGUGGCUACGAGGCUAACCAAUGACAUUAAGGUGUUCAAGCUGGUUGGCGAUGGUGGUGGUGAAGUGGAGGAUCUGAAUGGGGAUGCUGUGUUUAUUGGGGACAGCCAUUCGGUUGCCAUUCCAGCAACAGAGUUUGAAGGUUGUGAGGCUGAUACAGUGUACUAUACCGAAGACCACGAGGAUGUUGCCCAUAACUACGACCAGGAUGAUAUCGGCAAGUUCAACAUCAAGAAUAAGAGAUUCAAGGUUCUUAGCAAAGCUCCGGAUAGUGAGAUGCCGCAUCCAAUCUGGAUCUUUCCUACGCUUAAACAAUCGUGA